AUGCUCAGGACCCUGGAGCCCCGAGAUGCGCGGGUAGAGUCGGGUGGCCGCAGUCCCUGGGCAGCGCCACCCUCGCAGUCCAAGCGGCUCACCUCCUUCCUCAUCCAGGACAUCCUGCGAGACUGCGCGGAGCGGCGCGGGGGACACGCAAACAGCCCGCAGCAUCAGCGCCAACCAGACCCCAGAAGGGAACCCUCUCGGGAACCUGAGGAAGCAGGAGGUCACGGCGUGGCUCUAGGGGACCCGCCAAAUAUCCGACACAGCCCCGCAGAGACGCCGGCUGAACCUGAGACAGAUGGGCAUUUUGAGACCUAUCUGUUGGACUGUGAACACACUCCAAGCGACUUAUCAAGCACCACCUCCCAGGUCCCCAAGCAGCCUCCGAAGCGCUCCAGGGCUGCCUUCUCUCACACUCAGGUGAUCGAGCUGGAGAGGAAGUUCAGCCAUCAGAAGUACCUGUCUGCCCCUGAAAGGGCUCACCUGGCCAAGAACCUCAAGCUCACCGAAACCCAAGUGAAAAUAUGGUUUCAGAACAGACGCUACAAGACUAAGCGAAAGCAGCUGUCCGAAGAGCUCGGCGUCUUGGAGAAGACCUCGCCUUUGUCUUUGCCAGCCCUGAAAGAAGACAGCCUGUCUAGGGCCUCCUCGGUUUCCGUGUACACCAGCUACCCCUAUUACCCGUACCUUUAUUGUCUGGGCAGCUGGCGUCCAACUUUCUGGUAA